AUGGUCAAGCAGACUUUUGACAACGCCGAUCCGCGCCUUAUCUACUCUGGUUUAUGGAAAUCUCUCGAUAAGCAACAGGGCGCCUACAAUGACACCCUUUCAUUAAGCACCCAUGCUGGCGACACAAUUUCUGUCAACUUCGAUGGAGUCUCGAUCACGGUCAUUGGUAAUGUGAUACCACCGGACGACCGCCAACCCACGCCGAAGUCUAGCUAUGCCAUCGACGGAGAGCCCUCGUUCUUCACAUUUGUACCAUCUAGUUCUUCGGAACCAGAGUCCGGGAAGACGUUCUUCACCUCGAAAAGACUACAGCGCGGGAUACAUAAACUUUUGAUCACAAAUCUAGUGGAUGAUGCCCCUUAUUUAAUCGACUAUGUAACCGUCACCGAGGGCAACGGAUGGUGGUCCUGGUGGCGGAAAGAUGAUCCCUCAAGGAAGCAAUUCGACGGGAACUUCCGCACGCAAAAUAUUCAAUCCUCUUCCAAAACACUACCGUCGUCGACAACGGUUCCACCGAGCAUUUCAUCCGAGACUUCCUCAACAUCUGCUACACAGGAAACUGGGAACAGAGGUGUUGCCACCUCUGCCGGGACCAUUUCAGGGGCCGUGAUAGGAAGUAUUAUCGGGAUCAUAUUCGUCGUAUUAAUUAUCCUGGCCACUUGGCGCCACUGCAAUUAUCUCGCCCGCUCUGGGACCAAAGAAAGAGAAAGCUCGCUGCGCAACUUCUUCCGCCCGCAGCCACCACCGACGAGGCUCCCCACGGAGACCGGAUCUAUCUCCUACAAGACGUGCAGCAGUUAUCACUGGAGCCCGUCUGAACUCAAUCCAGAUCGGCUCCCGCGUAAUAUCAGCAGUGUGGGUACUGCGAGCCGCUCUCGCUUCGAACCCUCAAGCGUCUCCGAGAAAGACUGGCGCUCUUAUGCUGGUUCAACGACAGAAACCGUCUCCUCGACCUCGUCUAGCCACCUUUCCUGA